UAAAUUGCUCGCCAUCGGCGCCUCGGCGACUAAAUCGUUGCCUUGAUUGGCUUCAUCACCAUCAUUCCCACCCCCUCCAAAGGGUAUGAUCGAGGUAUUGCGCCUUUUUUCUUCCUUUUACGAAGCCUAGCCAAAAUAAAGAAGUGUGCAUUGCCUAAAUUGAUCAUCCCCCUUCCUCAUUCCUACCUUCCCAAGUACAUCAGAGACUUUGGAGCGCUGGAUUUAUUUUUAGCAGAUGUCUGGGAAGUGUGCGUUGUGGGAUUUUUUCCAUCGUGGGCAGACCUUGAAAACAGCAUAUGAAGUUCUUUUCUUUUUUAAUUUGCUUUGUCUUUUAUGCGUACUUUAAAUUAUAACGUUUUGUCUGGAAGUGUUUUACUACUAGAGUUGUACGUUUUAGGGAAAGUCGACAUCAGGAUUUUCAUUAACAUAUCUUGCAAAAAAAAAACAUGGUAUAGCGCCCCUCACCGUGUCCGAAAGCGGUGGGCGCACGUCAUUCUCUGUUUGGGGAUCCCGUGGGUUAUGCCGGCCGAGUCGGGAAGGUGGAGGGGGAGGUUAUCCCGGUAGCCCCGAAGACGGAGCGGACCUCCUUCGUCUGCGUGGCACAGAGGAGCCCCCCUGGGCGCGGCCUGUGCCCGCUGGAGCUCCCAGCACGAUGGGGUGCGGGCUGAGCAAAUUGGAAGACCGGGAGGACAGCAGCCCGGGGAAGAUUUAUUCUACUUUGAAAAGGCCCCAGGUGGAGACCAAGUGCGACGUUGUGCAUGAGUAUGUGCUACUGGACUUCAGCUUAGAAGGCAGCCGUGCCACUGUGCAGGGUCUGGCAUCCUUGUGCGAGUUACCCAAAGCCCUGGAGCCAUACUACACUGAGGGAUACACACUGGCCGCACUGCACCCCGUCGUCCUGUCUGUGAGACGGUCUGGUGCCCUGCCUUGCAGCCUGCAGUACCGGGCCAUUCUGACUCGCCCUCGGACCAGUAAGGAUAUGGUGCCAAUGUGCCAGAGAGCUCCUGUGCUGAGGGUGGAGGAGUGGCCCCUCCCUGGAGACUCCUUGACCGCUGACGUAAUACAGGCUCUCAUUGACAGGGUGGACAGAUGUGCGCGUGGCGGCUUGAGGUUCGUGGGCUCACUGCUGCAGCAGGCAGGAGGAUGGUCACUGGGCUGCAAUGGGCGGAGCUGCGUAUCCCCUGCCCAGUCACCCAGCGAAGGCCCCGGCCUGGAGGAGUCCAGAAGCACCAGUCCUGAUCUAAAUCUGUUGGUCCUGUUCCAUUCUUGGGAUUCAUGCUGUGUCCCCUUGGACCCUGUGACAUACUGCUACCACCAAGGGGCUUUGUCCAUGCGAGUCUCUCGGAAGGGCCAUGUUAUCAGCUCACUGGAAGCUGAUUGGCUGGAGCUGACUGCCACAUAUUACCAGAGGGGCUGGUCAUUGGUUGACUCCUUUGUGUACUGGGACACACCUAAAGGGGAGCCUGUGCCCAGGUCUCUGGAAGGGCUGUUUUUGUACGAAGAGUGCAGUGCUACAGCCCCACCCAGUGACACCAUCGUGGUGGAGCAGUGGACCGUGAUUGAGGGCUCUGGCGUGAAGUCAGACUAUGGUCCCCUCCUGCACACUCUCGCUGACUUUGGCUGGCUGCUUACCUGCGUUCUGCCAACACCCAUAAUCCGCCAUGACAGUGAGGGAAAUCUGGCCACAAAGCAGGUUUUAUUUCUGCAGAGGCCUGUCACACCAGACCCAGUACAGCAGCAGAGUCAGAGAGGGUCCAACCCCAGGAUGGUUUCCAGCUGCUCCGCAAACCUGGGGUUAGCCUUCCCUCCCCAGAAGCUGCCCUCCUGCACAGGGGAGACGGAGCAGUUCUCUGUCUAUGAGGAGGGCUACUGCAGCUCCCUGUCCCAGCUAGGAGACGGCUGCCUGGAACAGGAUGAUGCCGCGGCCGAGGUCACAUCCUCUGCCUUGGUGAUCCAGAAUAAUGGCCACUGCCUUUGAGGAAUCCACAAGCAACUUAACAGAAGGUUCCAUACAAAUACAAAUAUGUACCCAUGGCAACAGGUAUUCCAGUGUGACAGACACACUGCCUGCAACCACAGAAUGCAGGAUAUUCCUUCAUGUUACUGAGGCUCAUUUUUACCUUGUAUAGAGGCUGUGAGCAUUGAAUAUUGAAUAGCAAUAACAGCACAUUUCAUUCUGUAUAAAUAUCUCCAGUAGACACAGAUCUGUUAGUGCUGAGAAUUAACAUUCAUGUAACGCAGGUUUUCUAUAGCAAAAAAAAGAAAAAAAUAUAUAGUAAUGUAAUAAUAGUCAUGUAUUCACUUAUUCUUUGAGCUGCUAGCUUUGAAUUUACUUUAUGUAAAAUUUGUGUCUAUUCAAGUUUCCAAAAGGCCAUAAAAAUUGCCAUACAAAUACACUACCAUUCAAAAGUUUGAGUCACUUAGAAAUGUCCUUGUUUCCCAUGAAAACAUGCAUGAAAUGAGUUUCAAUAGGAAGUAUAACUAAACAGAUAGGACGUAGCCAUUGACAAAUUUAGAAAUAAUCAUUCUUGAAAUUAAAAUAAUAAUUGUGUUCUUCA